UAAAACUAAACAAUUACCCAAAGCAACAACAAAAAACACCAAAAACCCUCAAAAAAUCGUAAAAAAAAGAAAACCCAGAUCAAAAAAACCUCUAGAGAAUGUGUGAAACAUUGAAGAACAAGUACCAAGUAUGUGAAGAGAUCGGCAGAGGGCGGUUUGGAACGAUUUCUCGGGUGUUUUGUCCUAUAACCGAAGCCUCAUUCGCAUGCAAAUCCAUUGACAAACGCCUUCUUACAGACCCCAUUGAUCGAGAAUCUCUAGAAAACGAGCCUAAAAUCAUGACCCUUUUGUCUCCAAACUCUAACAUCGUACAAAUCCAUGACAUGUUCGAAUCCGAAGAUGGCCUUCACCUCAUCCUCGAACUUUGCCAGCCUUAUACCCUGUACGACCAGAUUUUGCAGCCAGACUUGUCUGAAUCCAAAGCUGCUUCUUACAUGCAACAGAUUAUGUCGGGUUUAGCCCAUUGUCACAGGUUUGGGAUUGUUCAUAGAGAUGUUAAACCUGACAACAUUUUUUUUGACUUUAGAGGAAAGUUAAAGAUUGGAGAUUUUGGUUCUGCUGCAUGGUUAGGGGAACUUGGCACGGUCGAUGGGUUGGUUGGGACGCCAUAUUAUGUUGCACCGGAGGUUGUGAUGGGCAGAGCUUACAAUGAAAAGGUUGAUGUUUGGAGUGCUGGUGUCGUUUUGUAUGUUUUAUUAGCUGGUGUUCCACCAUUUUAUGGUGAGACAGCUGAGGAGAUUUUUGAGGCUGUUUUGAGAGGGAAUUUGAGGUUUCCUACAAGGAUUUUCAGGUCAGUUUCGGCUGAGGCUAAGGAUUUGUUGAGGAAGAUGAUUUGCAAGGAUGUUUCUAGGAGAUGGUCUGCAGAACAAGUUUUGAGGCACCCCUGGAUGUUGAAUGGAGGGGAAACAACUUCAAUGGACUGAUUUUAACUUCUGAAAAGAGCUGAAAUUAUCAGUCAAAAGCAAAGCAUAAUAGCUUUCAUGUAAUUAAGCCUGCCUAUCAAAAAGGGUCCCCCAGCUUUCUUCUCUAGCAAAAUUCAAACCAAAAACUCCAUGAUGGAUGCUUCCACAGAAUCGAGUUUUCCAAUACCAUGGAAGUUACAUAGGGAAAGAGUUUCUUCCCAUGGGGCUCAACCAUCAAGAACCUACCAUUCUUGUUUAGUACUUUUUUAUGGUUUUUUUUCUUUUUUUUUUAAGGAGGCAAGAGAGUGUAUAUGUAGAUAACCAGUAGGUGAGACUGAGAAUCCUUUUCCUGUUUGUCUUUCCCCUCCAUUACUUUUCUUUUUGUUAAUGGAAGUAUAAAGGAAGUGAGAAAGCGUUGAGAAACAAGGUAGUUGUUGUUGUUCUCUACUGCUUUUUUUUAUAUGGGAAUCUGGUAUGCUUAUUUUCUAUGAGAAAUUGAAUCCCCAAACAUGAACUUUAUGUAAUUUUGGAAUCUGGUUUUGAAUCUUUUGAUGGUCCAUUGCCAUUUCAUCAGCUUCUCUGAUGGAACCUAAAUGUUCUUCUUUCUUUGGAUGGAAUCAUAUACUGAAGAAUAUUGGCUAUGUGGGUUUUCAAGGUAUCUGCAGAAUUUCUAGCCAGGCAUUUAGCUGUGAAAUUGGUAGCUGGGUAUUCUUUCCAUAUUGACAUUUGACAAAAGUAAUAUGAAAUGAAAGAUUGAAUUGCAUAUCUUUUUCCACUCACCAAAGUCAUAAGAAGUUUGCUAUUAAAGAAUCAAAACAUUGGGGGACAAGCUUUGUAUGCUAGCUUAUGCUUGGUUUAUUCUAUUUUGCCUGUAUUUAACCUGUUCUUAGUUGAAAAUUCUUGUCAACAAAUGCUCACAACUUAAUAGUAAUAUCAAUCACAUUGAUUCAAAAUCA